CCUACACUGCUGAGAAUGGCACCGAGGGCCAGCCAACAAAGGUGAACGAGGGACACUCCUGGGCAGUGAUCCUGAUGUCUGUUCUGAGCCGCGCACUCGAGAGUGUGAUCACCAGCCCCAGUCUGCACCAUGGCUUCUGCCGAGCCCCUGACGGCGCUGUCCCGCUGGUACCUGUACGCCAUCCAUGGCUACUUCUGCGAGGUGAUGUUCACGGCAGCCUGGGAGUUCGUGGUGAACUUGAACUGGAAGUUCCCAGGGGUCACGAGCGUGUGGGCCCUCUUCAUCUACGGCACCUCCAUCCUCAUCGUGGAGCGCAUGUACCUGCGCCUGCGGGGCCGCUGCCCGCUGCUGCUGCGCUGCCUCAUCUACACGCUCUGGACCUACCUGUGGGAGUUCACCACCGGCUUCAUCCUGCGCCAGUUCAACGCCUGCCCCUGGGACUACUCCCAGUUCGACUUUGACUUCAUGGGCCUCAUCACCCUGGAGUACGCCGUGCCCUGGUUCUGCGGGGCCCUCAUCGUGGAGAAGUUCGUCAUCCGCAACACCCUCCGCCUCCGUUUCGACAAGGAUGCAGAGCCCGGGGAGCCCAGCGGCCCCCUGGCCCUGGCCAACGGCCAUGUCAAGACUGACUGAGUAGGGAGGCUGGUGGGGGGCCUGAGGGUCUCUCAUGGAAUCCAUGGACAAAGAGACCAAGCUGGUGGUGGGGUUGCCCCUCCUGUGCGGCACAAGCCCGGCCCUGGGCCUGCCUCAGCCCCGUGGGGCACCCACAGCCCCACAGGGUGGAGCAGGUGUUGGGGGUUGUGGCCAGGUGUUGAGGGGUGGGGUGUCAAGGCAGCAGAAGGACAUUGGGAAGGGUCCACGGAUCUCGGCCAAGCUCGGAGGCUGGCGGCAGGAGGCCUGUGGCUGACUGGACUACGUGGUUGACCGGAAGCAGCAGGCCCUGUCCUGGCUAAGGGAUGUUGAGAAUGGGGCCACAGGUGGGACACCAGGCCUGACCUUCCUCCCUCUCACUGGGAUUUAGUUGGGCUUUGGCUGGUUCCAUUAGGCAAUAUUCAGGUGCUUGCUUGCAACCAAUACCUCCCCGGGGCCUGCUGAGCUGCAGCCUGAGCGAGACUGGGCAGCAGGGAGGCUGCUUGGCAGCAG